AUGACAGCCGAGGAUGAAAAAGCCCUUGUGCGAAAAAUUGACAGACAUUUGAUGCCGUUGCUCCUUGUUUCGUACGCACUGCAAUUCUUCGACAAGACCACGCUAGGAUACACAGCAAUUCUUGGUAUACAGGAAGACACUCACUUGACGGGGUCUGAUUAUUCGUGGGUAUCCUCCAUUUUCUACUUCGGAUACUUGAUAGCGUCCUACCCUGUAUCGCUUGCUUUCGUCAAGCUGCCAAUUGGUAAAUUUCUCUCGGCCUGUGUGCUUGUCUGGGCAGUCAUACUGGGCUGUCAUGGUGCAGCAGCUAACUUUGGCGGUUUAAUGGCGAUGCGCUUCCUCCUUGGUGUAUUCGAAGCAUCAAUCUCCCCUGGCUUCUCUUUGGUAACCGGGCUUUGGUACAAACCGUCGGAGCAUGCCGCGCGCCAUGGGAUCUGGUUUGCCGGCAACACAACAGCCGCUAUAUUUGGUGGCCUCUUGGCCUACGCCAUCAGUCACAUCAAUAAUGGCCUGGCUAGCUGGCGUUGGCUAUUCAUUAUAUUUGCUCUCAUUACGUUUUUCUGGAGCAUAAUACUGUUUUUCUUUCUCCCUGACUCGCCGCUGAAUGCGCGAUUCCUCACUCAGGAUGAGCGCGCCUACGCAAACCGUCGGCCGCAGCAACAGACCCACAGCUUCAAGACGACAGAGUGGAAAAAAGAUCAGUUCGUGGAAGCUCUGCUGGACAUCAAGACUUGGUUGCUUUGUGCGUACACCUUCUGCACGUCCCUCCCGAAUGGCGGCUAUACGUCCUUCAACGGCAUCAUCAUUCAAGGAUUUGGCUUCGAUACCUUCACAACGCUGCUUCUUGGCAUGCCUGGUUCCGCGUUUGGCCUAUUCUUUGUUCUAGCUGGAACUUAUAUUUGCCAUCGCGUCAAAUACUCUCGAUGCAUCGUUGCUGCAGCUUUGCAGCUAGUUGCCCUAGUGGGUUGCAUAAUGGUGUACGCAUCCCCAAUUUCGGACAAGUGGACUAGACUGGGAGGAAUAUGGCUGUUUCCCGCGUAUGCCGCGGGAUUCCCUUUGUCGCUCUCAAUUAUUGGGUCCGACAUUGCCGGCUACACCAAAAAGACGACAGUACUAGCGGUUUUAUUCAUUGGGUACUGCGCAGGAAAUAUUGCCGGGCCACAGCUAUUUAUCGCGAAAGAGGGGCCAACCUAUAAGACCGCAUUUCAAGGGAUAAUGGUAUGCAUGAUCAUUGCGUGUCUCUCCAUGGUUACUUUGAGGCAAUACAUGGCUUUGCAAAACAAGCGACGUGACCGGGAACAAGGUGUUUGUAUUGAUCCAGAGACCACGGGCAAUCAAGACACGCAAGAGCAUCUUGUUAGAGCUGGUGUAGACGAGACUGACUGGUCGAACAAGAGCUUCAGAUAUUUUCUAUAG